CCAUAGUCGUUGAAUGGUUUCUGCCGAGUGUGCACCUGUAAUAAUUAACAAAUCACGACAAUGAUCUCCUGUGUGUUACUGGUCGGACUGCUCGUCCUUUAUAUGGUCUGGGAUGUGAACUAUUUCCUGCGGUGCGUAGCAACCCUCGGCUACGGUAUGCUGUUUCAACGCAAACGGAAAGUUACAGAUCAAACCGCCAUCUACAGCCUUUGCACGACACAGGACGUGGACAUCUUCAUCCGGCACAUGAACAAUGCUCGGUAUCUACGAGAACUGGACUUUGCACGCUUCCACUUUUACGGCCUUACUGGGAUCUACGGUAAAAUUAAGGCCAAACGUGGCGGUGCAGUACAGGGAGCGUCCAGUGUGCGCUAUCGACGAACGAUCCCAAUCUUUACCGCCUAUAAAAUCACCACCAAGCUGGUCUGGUGGGACGACAAAGCUAUCUAUCUGGAGCAACAGUUCGUGACGUUAGCGGAUGGUUUCGUGCGUGCCGUUGCCAUGUCCAAACAGUGUAUUACUAACGUUGACGUGCUGGCACUGAUGAAGGAAUUCCCUGGAGCGGAACAGAGGCCACCCAUGCCGGAGGAAUUGAAGCUAUGGCUCGAUUCAAUUGAGAUGUCUAGCCAGAAGCUGCGGAAGGAUAAAUAGGAUAGGACGCAAACUUCCGGGAUGAUAUUCCAUCUUCGAGUGUUAAUGGGGGCAUUAUACUUAAGAAUUUUGUUUUGGGAAAAAAACAUGGGUAUGGUACUUCUUGC